GGCUGGGGCUCAUGGUGUUGUGGUGACCGCGUAUUCUGGUUUUCCUACAAACCUCGCCGCUUAUUUCCCGUGAAGAUCCGCACUCGCCGGCAAGCUUUCUAGACACUUAUUGUCAACAUGUUGGUCCCCAAGACGAACCGUAUCGCUGUGUACUCGUACCUCUUCAAGGAGGGCGUGAUGGUUGCGAAGAAGGACUUCUCGCUGCCCAAGCACGAGGCCGUGGACGUGCCCAACCUCCAGGUCAUCAAGCUCAUGCAGUCGCUCAAGUCCCGCGGCUACGUCAAGGAGACGUUCAACUGGCAGUGGUUCUACUGGUACCUCACGAAUGAGGGCAUCGAGUACCUGCGCUCUUACCUGCACCUGCCCGCUGAGAUCGUGCCGGCCACGCUCAAGAAGCAGGCCGCUCGUCCCACGCGCCCGCAGGCCCCGUCCGCUGGCGGCUUCGGCCGUGGCCGUUUCGACAAGGAGAAGGGUGUCGGCCCGUCGGGCGACUUCAACCCGGAGUUCCGCCGUGGUGGCCAGGACGGCUACCGUCGCGAGGCUGCUAACUAAGCAGUUGCAAACCUCGAAGGAAAGCGAGACGGGAGUAUUUAAAUCAAUAAAUCUCCUCUGAUUGUCGGCUUCACGAAGAAAAAACGAUCUCUAUGUUAUUUCUCGUAUUGCUAAUGUAGGUAAACUUACAUUUCUUUUAGCG